CGUUUUUUCCAUCACCGUAAACUCCUAAAACUCACUCAAUUCCAGCGGGUUCUGGCUUCCUACGUGCAUCCUGACAUGCAUCUACUUUCUGCUGGACUGUUACACUGGGAUCGGUGCUUACACUGAGGACUGAAGCAUGGCCCGAAAAUCAGUAGCAUGUUUUUUUAUGUUUUUCAUUGUCGCAUGUCUUUUCUCGACAAUAAAGGCUCAGUAUGAGAAAUACAGCUUCAAAAGCUUUCCUCAAAACGACCUCAUGCCGCUGGAGUCUGCGUACGGACACGCGUUGGACAUGUACGAGUCUCAGAACUGGAAGGAGACGGUGAAAUAUCUGGAGCUGAGUCUGCGGCUCCACCGGCUGCUGAAGGACAGCGAAGCUUACUGCAGCCAGAACUGCAGCGGUGUACGACGGGUCGAUGAGGAGAACAGUACGGACAAGACCCUCUGGAUCAUGGGACACAUUAUUAUGCGGGCCGCAUGCCUGAAAAAGUGCAAAACGAACUUUCCUGUGUUCUCCAAAUCAUAUCCUAAAAGAGAAACCUUGGCUGCUUUUGAGCAGAGGAUACCCUACCGGUACCUUCAGUAUGUCCACUACCAGAUGAAUGAGUUGGAGAAAGCGGUUUCAGCAGCGCACACAUUUCUCCAGCGUAACCCUGGGGACCCACUAUUAUCUAGGAGUUUGAACUACUACAAAACCAUGUUUGAUGUGGAGGAAUUCCUCAUAGACCAUGAGGAGAAACCAUAUGAGGUGUUAUUCCUGAAGGCGGUGAAGCUGUAUAAUACUGGGGAUUUCAGCAGCAGUGCUCGGGACAUGGAGUUGGCAGCUGCAGAAUAUUUCAAAACAUACAACCUGUGUUUAGCAUCCUGUGAGGGGUCGUAUGACGUGCAGGAGUUCAAAGAUUUUUACCCCACACUUGCUGAUUUCUAUUUUGAGGUCUUGAAGUGUAAAGUAAAAUGUGAGGAGAAUUUGACGCCAAAUGUUGGUGGCUACUUUGUGGAGAAAUUCGUUGCCACUAUGUACCACUACAUGCAGUUUGCUUAUUAUAAAUUAAAUGACGUGCGUAAUUCAGCACCAUGUGCAGCGAGCUACUUGCUGUUUGAUAUGGAUGAUAAGGUGAUGCAGCAGAAUAUGGCUUACUAUCGAUUCUACAGAGAGCAAUGGGGACUGCUGGAUGAGCAUUUCAAACCCCGGCCUGAAGCACUGAGAUAUCACAAUCAAACGACUAAACAGAGAGAGUUGCUGGAGUUUGCACAGAACUAUUUACAGACAGAUGAUGAGGAUACAGUGAGUGAAGAGGAAGCAGCAUCAGCUCCCUCACGUCCUCCUGAUGAAGAGUUUGAGGGAGUCGGUGACUAUGAGGAGUCUUUCCUGGCUGAGUGGUGGCAGCAGCCCAAAACUAAAGGAGAUACAGGAGAACCAGCUGAAUAAAACAUACCUUAUCAGUACAGUUACCUCCAAAAAGACUCCUGCUCCAUUCAAACCUUUUGAUGACUAUUCCCUCCUUUUCCAUUAACGGUGCUCAUUUUGAACUUUACUUUGAACCAAAACCUUUGAAAUGUAUGUAUUGUUCUGAUGCAAUAAGGGCCUUUCUUUGUCAUAGAAAUUUUAAGAAAAAAAUGAAAAGUACAGUAGAUCAUCUAAAUCAGAAUGUUAAAGUACUAAUUUAAAGGCAAAAAUACAUAUAUUAAUAAUUUUCUAUUUAAGAUAAUAAUUUUUUGUACCACCAUCUCACAUCAAAUUGAAUUUGUUGAACUUAGAUUGCCACAUCGCCAAUCAAAACUCUACUUUACAAAAUUACCAUCGGGCCUGCAUUGGAAAAGGUAUAUGGGUAAUGUUUUUUAUGUUGCUUUUUGGAAGACAAUCCUGUUUAUUUAAUGAUGUGUUAUGAUUCCACAAAUAAAUGUGUUAAUCUUAA